AUGGCUUUUAGUCCCAACUCCCCACGGGAUUUCAAGCAAGCCCUCGCCAACACCCUCACGGACCAGGAAGUUGACACUUCUCUCAGGCAGCCAGACAGCUCACCCAGCUUCGUGUACGGGGCUCUCAUGCUUCCCACUAUCCUCAAGUACCACACCGACAUUGACCAGAAGGUUCGCAUUCAGAAGUCAAUGACCAAAGCAACCCUCCACGGGUACCAACUGUGCCAGUAUGCCGACCAAGGCAUGCCAGUCAUCGUGCAAUCAGACAACCGUGAUCACAAGGUCGAAGGCAUUCUUGUCUUUGGCUUGAAUCGCGAGCAGAGGAACGCCAUUCACGAGCUGGAGGGCGGGUUGCAGAAGCUUGCCAGUGUGCAGGUGCAAAUAUGCCAACGACGACUCAAAGAUAACAAGCACAGCAUGAGGAUGAUUGAUGCCGGGGUGUUCGAAUGGAAUCCCACAGGGGAUUCAAACACUAGCAAUCAUUUCGGACUAGAGCUGAUUCGCGGUUCCAUGUGGGAUGCUGAGCCUUUCCUCCAAUCCCCGCUAUGUCGACACAUGGUGCAAUCGCAAGACCGCAGGAGUCGAGAGGCUGCCCUUGAGGAUCAAGAACGGUAUCUGUGA